AUGCCUUUUGCCAAGAUGCAAACUGAGAUAUGUAAUCUGUGUGCCAAGGUGGCCAAAGCUAAGGAGGAAGACCAGGAUACUUUGCAAAAGAAGCUUUUAAAGAAGCAAUGUUGUGUUUUCUCUGCCAUCUUUGUGGUUGAGCUGCCAAAUAAAAUUUGUGGGAAAUGCUUAACUGAGCUUGCAUUUCAGCAUGUUCCAAUGGAAGAUCUUGAGGGCACUUCUACUGUCCUGGAGUUCUACCAGAAGCACUCCAAUGCAACUCAUGGUGAGCAAAUCCUAUCCCUUCGAUUUACAUUUGAUGAAGAAACCUUGAAACCAUUUGGUGACAAUGAGGAGUUUUUCAUUGGUCAAAAGCAUGAACAUUCUCUCAGCUUGGCUAGUGGUCACAUAGCAAGACACAAAAGGGUCUCAGUGCUUGAAUCUAGCACAUUUGAUCCUGCCAACAUCAACCACUCUCAGAAACUUAUACUCAUCCCCCCAAAACCUCCUGUUGUAUCCUAUGCAGAUUUCCAGGGACACCUUAUGGAAGUUGAAUACAGCUACACCACUAUCACCAUCAAUGAGACUGGGAAACUGUCACAUCUAGUCCUACCCUACUGCUGUCUGUUCCAAUAUUCACCUUCGGACCUGACACCACACCUCCUCCUACUCCUCUUCUUACUCCUCACAACACCUCCACCCUUCUGUCACUCUCCUACCCUACCUCUGUCUGUUCCGAUACUUACCUUCAGACCUGACACCAUUCCUCCUCCACUCCUCUCCCCACUCCUCUCAUCUCUCUCCUCCCUCUGA